GAGCAGAGCUGCAGGUUUCAGAACUGCGCAAAUUUCCUUUCUUAAAUCAAUAAUUGUGAAUGGGAAAAUUAUAAUAACACCUCCGUCGCUGACCCCGUAGCCUAGGAGAGCAGUGUCCGAAAGGGACGCCCGGUUUUCUGGCUGUAAGGAGGACGGAGGCAGCUUGUCGACAACCAUGGCUGCAGCGACGGUAGUGGAGGCUGAUCGGGCAGCGAGUGAAGGUGGCGCCGGUUUCUCCGGCGUGCAGGCCCGCGGAUGGGAUGAGUCUCAGCUCCGAAAAUACUCUUUCCCAACCAAGCCCAUUCCUAGACUGUCUCACACGGACCCCAGAGCCGAAAUGCUAAUAAAUAACGAGGAGCCGGUGGUUUUAACAGACACAAACCUGGUCUAUCCAGCUCUCAAAUGGGACAUUGCAUACCUCCAAGAAAAUAUUGGACAUGGAGACUUCUCUGUUUACAUCGCAGAAAACCACAAAUUCCUCUACUACGAUGAGAAAAAAAUGUCCAACUUUGAGAACUUUGUCCCCAAGUCGCAGAGAAUGGAAAUGAAAUUCUCUGAAUUUGUGGAAAGAAUGCAUCAAAUGGAAGAAAUGGGAGGAGAUGAAAGGAUAUAUCUGCAGCAGACACUGAAUGACACAGUAGGAAAGAAGAUUGUCGUCGACUUCCUUGGUUUCAACUGGAACUGGAUCAACAAGCAGCAAGCCAAGAGAAACUGGGGACAGCUGACAUCCAACCUUCUGCUCAUAGGCAUGGAGGGGAAUGUGACACCAGCACAUUACGACGAGCAGCAGAACUUUUUUGCACAGAUCAAAGGGCACAAGAGAUGCAUCCUCUUCCCUCCAGACCAGUUUGAAUGUCUCUAUCCAUACCCUGUGCAUCACCCCUGUGACAGGCAGAGUCAAGUUGAUUUUGACAACCCUGACUAUGAGAAGUUUCCCAAUUUUAAAAAUGUUGUUGGCUAUGAGACUGUUGUGGGCCCAGGAGAUGUGCUCUACAUCCCAAUGUAUUGGUGGCAUCACAUUGAAUCCCUGUUGAGCGGUGGAGUGACAAUCACUGUAAACUUCUGGUACAAAGGCGCCCCGACACCCAAGAGGAUAGAAUACCCUCUGCGAGCUCAUCAGAAGGUGGCCAUCAUGAGAAACAUUGAGAAGAUGCUGGGAGAAGCACUUGGAGAUCCACAUGAAGUUGGACCUUUACUGAAAACUAUGAUUAAGGGGCGAUAUGACCACAGUUAAAGCCCCUCCCUUAAAACUGUUCUCUAGACUUCUUCAGAAACUCUAUGUGUGUGUGUGAUACACAUUCUGACUGCAGACCUACGUAUCAUCACUGCAUGGCAAUAAGUGGCCAUCUUGAAACCAUCCUGCUUCAGCCGUAUCCCGAGUGAUUGCAAACACAAGUGCAGAAGGAACAUUUAAAUAACUCAUGGGAUUUGCCCUAAUGGAAAGGGGCUGUUUUUUUUUUUGUCCUUGAAGAAAGCCUAAUGUGGCUUAAGUCCAAAUAUAUUUGUGUUAAUCAGUGUCCGCUCAACAUUCUCAUAAUUCAAGCUGAUGGGUAUUUGAGUUCAUGUUGGCUCGCCCAGUCAGUAAAAGCUGUCUGAGAUCGGUACCUUUUGGAGCAACCUCAAUUUUUAGACCACUAGUUAAGUAUUAGUAUUUUUUUAUUAUUUACUAGUCAUUUAAAUGUAAUAACACAGUUGUUGCUUGAUUACGAAAUGUGAAAUGACCACGCUGUGUUCUCCAUCUUUGUCACAAAGACAGCUUUACAACUGAUUUGGUUACCUCUAAAGAUGACUGGUCUUUCUGUUUUUGGAAUAUUUGUAAUCUGUGUUAUCUCUACUGAUGAUGCAGUUUUGAAGGGAGUGAUCAGCAAGCAGUUUCUGUUUCAACAAGACAGCGUAGGCACAGUAAUAAAACACACGUACAGUGAUUAAAAACAGCGAUGACAUACAAUUGAAAAUAUGUGUGGGUGUGAUGGGGGGGGAACCAUAUAUUCAGCUCAAGGAAUAUGUGACUGCUUGCAGCUAAAUUAUUUUAGCUGAGUGAUUACUUGUGUGUUUUAUUUAUGCUCCUGUGUGUUUGAAAUGCAUACCAGUGAUAAUUGAGGGAGCGCUGAAAAUAACCUACACACUGCAAUUUUAGUUGCAAAUCCACUUUAGGAAUGAAAGUACCAUAAUUUAGUGGUAUGUUACGGCAAAACCUCUCAGAGUAUUUGCAGGUGAUUGUUUUUUGUUUUUUAAAAGAUGGUCAAAAUUGUGAUGAGUGCUUUAAGUGAACUGCAUUAGGAGUAGAUAUGUUAAAAUGGUAUAAACUGAGUGAAUUAGCAGGAGAAUCUGCUGGAAUGUAGCUUAUAUAUCAGCCACUGCAGAGCAACAUGAUGUACAAUGUAGCGGUCAGGUUUGAAGUUGCAUGUUAAGCUUUAUAUUGCUAGCUGGUUCAUGCACUGUACUGCAACAAUACAAUUAUUCAAUACAAUGCAUUAGAUGCAGUAGAACUGAGCUACAAUUAAGCUUCAAUGUGUACAGAAGUCUAAUUCCAGUUGAAAACAUGCUAUACACUGUUAGAUUAACAAUCCUCAGAUAUUAUUUCAUUUCUGCUUUCAUGACGCCAUAUUUUGAAGACCUUAAAGUGAGAGAAAGAACUUGAAAAAAAAAAGGUUGUUGCUGUGUAAGUUUUAAGUGCUUUGUCGAACUGUUGUAAAAAUGUGUAUAAAACAAAAGGAAAGGAUAUGUGCCAAACCUCAAAGUAACCAGUGGAUGGAUAUCUUCAUCUUCAAAGAGCAUUAUUUGCCUUUCAAAUUAGAUGAAUCAGUUAAGUGGACUUAAUUAUAUCUAAGCACUUAUUUCACCAGGUAUCUUCAGGUUCUCAAGUUACAUUCUGGCAACAUUCAGCAUUUAAGUUGCUCAUUGUGUGCAUAUCUGCUUCUUACAACUUACACAACUAUGGAUCAGUGCUGCUUCCUCUGUAAAAAUUAUUCAUCUCUUUAUUGCUAGGUUAACCUUGUUUACUGUAUGUGCCUUGUACCUAACAACGGUGUGGCACUAAUGUUGCAAGAAGUUGAUUUUUGAAAACGUGUUUCAUGGUCAAAAAAUAGUUUGACUCUGGCACUUACUCUGGCAUUAAAACAGCUUUAAAAAGGUGAGACUGACAAGGGUUUCUACAGAUAGAGGCAUGUUUUCAUUGAUGGAUGCCUGUUUUUGUUUGUUUUGAACA